AUGGCCAUCGUGGAAGGAUGGUAUCCCCCUACGAGGGAGAAUUGGGAGACCAUACUCCUUACUUUUAGGAUAUUAUAUCCCUUUAUUUCCAUUAUGCAAUUCUUCAUCUCGUGGUACGGCAUGGGCAAAACCUCUGUCAAGAGCAGCUUCAAUAUCCCUGGCCGCAUCGCCUGGAUGCUCAUGGAAGUACCUGGCUUCACCACCGUCCUCUACAUGAUGAACACGCUGCCCCAAAUCCACGGCAUAGACGACCUACCCUGGCAGAACCGCGUGCUAGCAGGUCUAUUCGUCAUCCACUACAUCUACCGCGCCAUCCUCUUCCCCUUCAUCCAGCCGUCCAUGUCCCCCAUCCACAUCCUCGUCGCCCUCAUGGCAACGGGGUUCCAGGUCCUCAACGGCAUCUGCAUAGGCGGCUGGCUCGCCGCCUACGGGCCCGUCACCGAAGCCGAAUGGACGGCCCAGUCGUCCACCCUCCAGUUCUGCAUCGGCAUCUCCAUCUUCUACGUUGGUCUGGCGGCGAACUUCUUCCACGACGAGGAACUUCGUGAGAUUCGGAGGACCGAGCAGCGUCGCCAGCAGCGCGUCCAGGGGAACGGCAACGCGAAACAGGUCAGCGUGGAGAAGCACUACCAGAUCCCGCAGGCCGGGCUGUUUCGCUAUGUGCUGUAUGCGCAUUAUCUGUGUGAGUGGGUGGAGUGGUUUGGGUUUUUGGUCGCCGCGGGGUGGGGGUGCGUUCCGGCGUGGACGUUUUUGGUGAAUGAGGUGUUUGCGAUGCUGCCGAGGGCGGUGAAGGGGAAGAAGUGGUAUAUUGAGAAGUUUGGCGAGGAGAAGAUUCGGAAGAGGUGGGCUGUUUUGCCGGGCGUUGUUUAG